UGUGAUGAGGCUGCUGGCCGGUGCCGGGCUGUGCCUUGCCCUGGCAGCCCUGGCCCUCCUGGCCGUGGCGCUCAGCACCGAUCACUGGUAUGAGACGGAUGCUCGGAGGCACCGGGAUCGCUGCAGGAAACCGGGGGGCAAGAGGAACGAUCCGGGAUACAUGUACACCCCGGGCCAGCACCUGCCUCUCCGUGGGGGGCAAUUACGGACCCGGACCGCCCGAGGAGGCGGCGGCGGAGGUGAGAUGGUGCCCAGAGGGGUCCGCCUGAUCUCCAGGGUGGGGGACCCGCUGGGGUUACACCGGGAAUAUCGGAACCGGGAUGUCUCCUCCCCCCGCCCCUACCUGGCCAUGGACAGCCAUUGUACCCGACGCUUCAACUCCACCGUCUCCGGGCUCUGGAGGAAAUGCCACCGGGAGGGCUUCGACAAGGACACCGAGGAGCUGAUCCUCAAAGGACUUGUUAAGCGAUGUAAUCCAGUAAGAUAUCACUACACAUCGUCUUCACUGCCAACAAACCUUCCACUCAAUGUCACCAAGACCAUCCGUCAGGAUGAAUGGCACGCACUCCACCUGCGGCGGAUGACAGCUGGCUUCAUCGGAAUGGCGGUGUCUAUCAUCCUGUUUGGGUGGCUGAUAGGGGUGCUGGGCUGUUGCAAGCAGCAUGACCUAAUGCAAUAUGUGGCCGGGCUGUUAUUUCUCAUGGGAGGAACUUGCUGCAUUAUCUCCCUCUGCACCUGUGUAGCUGGCAUCAACUUCGAGCUGUCGCGAUACCCACGCUCCGUAUACGGUUUACCUGAAGACAUCAGCCACGGGUAUGGCUGGUCCAUGUUCUGUGCCUGGGGUGGGCUGGGACUCACCCUCCUCUCUGGAUUCCUCUGCACCUUGGCACCAUCCCUCAGUGCUUCCCAGUCUGCCGUCCACAAGCCACGGCAAGAGAACGGAGCAGUGUGACCGCAAAAGGCGGGAGCAGAUGUGGCCAGCCAGCCUCCCCACCCCAAAAAAUUUGAAAAAACCCUAAAAACUACAAAAAAAGGACACACGCUAUCAGAUUGAGGCACCCGUAUCCUGCUGAGGAAGUUGUCCUGUUCAACUUUGUGUGUUUUUGGUCUGACCGUGUGGUUUGCUUGUGAUAAGUUGCCGAAGUUUGAACCUCAUGUGAGCAAAACGGGAACCGUGGGACGGUGCGAAACGGUGACAUGUGCGCCAAGUGGAACGAUGGAUCACUUUCGCUGUUUGGACUCGCAAUAGAAGUCGGACUGCAAGGGACGUUGAAAGGAUUGAGGGGUUAAGGAUGUCCGUUAGAUGGAACUGUGAUGUCAGGGUUCCAGAAGUUUUAAGAAGAUUCUAGUCCGUAACUUCUACAGAAGCUCCAGUUUGCUCUUGUACAGACGUUAAUGAGUAUGGAGCGGUCCGCAGUGUUUGGGGAAUUUUGUAUUCAUGCACACACGCACACAAACAAACAUAAAUAUAUACAUAUAAUGACCGGUAACCAGUUUUUACAUGUUUUAAUACAGUUAACACAAAAAAAACCUCACACAUCCAUAAUUAAUUCCCUAUUCCAUGUCAGUUCUAGAUUUCACCCUGAGCGCAGUGCCUUGGCACUCAGCAGGGACUUGGUUACAUUCAAAGCAUAUAGACCUCCUGCCGUGCCUUCAAGUAGGUCCCGUGAACCUACGACAGACUCAGGCUCCACCAGAGAUGCUAUGGGAGGAA